AAAAUGCAUCCUGAUCAGAAAAAGACAUUUAAAGAGAAAAAUGACAUUCGUAAAAAAUUGUUCAAUUCGACAAAGGAGGAACGAUUAGAUUGGAGAAAAAUGAAAGACGAGAAAAAGCGAAAAAACGAAGAAAAAAUUAUCAAGGAAGCCGAAGAAGCAAAAAAAGCGAAAAUUGAGAAAGUCGAUCACACUCCACCAUUCACAAUUUCCAUCGCCGUUCCUGGUCAAUUUCUGAAUAAUGCUCAAUCAGCCGAACUUCGAACGUAUAUGGCUGGUCAAAUUGCAAGAGCAGCUACUUUGUAUCGUGUUGAUGAAAUUAUUAUCUACGACGAGUCAUGUAGAAUGACGGACGAAGCCGUCAAUGCAUACUACAACGGAACGUGGCAAGGAAAUCUUAUUCCAGCUGAAACAAACUAUGAAGGAUGCUUCUAUCUUGCAAAAAUUCUUGAGUAUCUCGAGUGUCCACAAUACCUUCGAAAAGAUCUAUUUCCAAUUCAAAAACCUUUGAAAAAUGCCGGUCUUCUGAAUCCUUUAGACGCUCAGCACCAUCUUAAAUACGAUGAAAAGACACUUCGAUUCCGCGAAGGAGUUGUACUGAAAAAACGAUCAAAAGAUGGCCGUGGACCAAUCUGUAAUAUUGGAUUGGAAAAGGAAUUUGAAAUUGAUUCGGACGCCGUUCAACUGCCACCGUACACAAGGGUUACUGUAGAAAUCAAGAAUUUGACCGAACAAUGCAAACUUUACCGUGGAAGCAUCACAAGUGGAGCUACAGUAACCCGUGAAACUGGUUUAUAUUGGGGAUAUUCUGUGCGACUUAUGACUGGAUUACAGAAAGUUCUCCAAGCAAAAAAGUUUGACAUUGUGGCCGGAGUAUCUCCACGUGGAAAGCUGGCUUCUCAAAUGGAUGUUUGCAUUUUAAACAAACCAAAAAUAUUGCUUGUAUUCGGUGGAGUUGCCGGCGUGGAUGCAGCUGUGGAAUCUGAAGAAUUGGCAGAAUGGCGUCGCGCAGAAGAUGCAUUCGAUGUGCUCAUUAGAACAACUUCUCUUUCAAAUGGGUCUCGCAGCGAACGUGUUGAGGAGAAUGUGCUUUCCGUUUUGGCUCAAGUUCAAUGCCAUCUUGAGACUCUAAACGCGCUUUGAAGAUAUCCGAUUUAUAAGAAAAUAAUUUGGAAGUUAUUGAACAUUUUCUUAAAAAUGCUCAUUUCAACUUGUUUUCCAACCAGUUCUUAAAAUUGUUUCUUCCCGUUAUCUCUUUGUUUUUUGUUGAAUGUUAUUGUUACACUUAUCGCCCAUUUUACUCCUUGCUCGUUUUGUCAUAAAAAUAAUGAUUUGUUCGAAAUUU